UCUUCUUUUGUUUCAUGCUUCUCGCUUACAGCGCGUGCACUUAUACAAAGCUUUCAUAUUGCAAAUCUUUUCUCGAUAUUUUAAAUAAUUUCGAUUUCUCUUAAGCUUGUCUCUCGUUCGAGUUUUCUUUGCCUAGAACUUACAGGAAAUUCCGCGAUACUAAUUAUUUUACACGUAUCGUACAGAAAGACGUGUAUAGAAGCUCUGAUCUGUGAGUAAAAAUCGUUCCCGGAAAUACUUCCGGAAAUUAUUUUCGAAAACAACAUGCGAUUAUAAUUCACGAAAUUUGCGCUCUGAAUCUGAUACCUAGUUAAUUUCCUGACUAUCCAGAUAUAUGUAUAUUCAUGUAAUUUUCUGAUAGCUGAUUUUUGUGUUUGCUAGCUAAUUAUUAUCUCCCACCUCGUCGCCAGGACUCGCAUAAAUUCUCGAUGAUUCAGCGCGAUCGCGCACUUAGUAAUUCUAGAUGGGCGAGUAAACGUUUAUUUGUUCUUUUCGGCCAAAUCGUGUGAAAUACGAGAAAUGGCAAACGAAAAUCUAAUUCUCAUUUGUGUCUCCCUGAUCCUCACGCAGCUCGUCGUCGUGAGUGCUAACGAAGAAGACAUAGAUUGGGCUACUGUUCACGACGAGUUAAGAAAAUUGGCUGGAGGUCUACGAAAAAAAUGUAGCGGCGAAACCGGUGUGACGGAGGACAUGCUGCAGGGGGCAGAAUUAGGCGAAUUUCCUAACGACAAAACGCUGGCGUGUUACUUCAAGUGCGUGAUGGAAAAAGGGGGAGCGAUGAAGAAGGAUGGCAAAAUAAACUUCAAGGUCUUGUCCAAGUUGAUGCCGCAGGCAUAUAAGCACAUUGGAUUGGAAAUGCUCGACCAGUGUCGUACUAUAGAUGGCCCUGAUAAGUGCACGAAAGCCCUGAAUUUCAACCAAUGCAUGUACAAAGCAAACCCCGUGGCGUACUUCGUUAUCUAAAUAUAGAGUAAGCAGACGUGUAUAUAAGUGUGAGUAAGAGUAUCGCUUGUAAAAUUUCACAAAAUAAAAUGCCUAACAAUCA